AUGCGUGCAUUGUGUAUGUUGGUUACGUGUUUGAGCUGUGCUGUUGCUCAGUCGCUCACCGCAUCUACACCCCUGACCAGUUACGAUUUGACGAUGACAAUGUAUUUUAUGCCCAGCAGCUACCCUGACGUGUGUCCAUUCGAUAAGUACAUCAUGUACCAGUGCGGUCGUAAGAAUCUUGAAAUUCAGCGCAUCCUCGGUGAAAGGCCACAUUCCAUUCAGAUAUUGGAAAUGAACCACGUGUAA